GAUACCAUUACAGGCUGCAUUAGUGGUGAGCCAAAAAUUCACAUGUGUAAUGGUCCGUGACGGCCAUUACACUAACGUUACGGCCCGUAACGUCCGUUAUGACACGCUUAGAUCUUCUCAUUUGAAGCCUCCAAAGAACCGAAAAGUAGAUUUGAAGCCUUCAAUUUGUCGUGCUUCGCAAGUGUUCUUCGCAGUUCGCAGCCAUUGCAGGUUGGCUGACUGGCAGUUUGUCUUGAAGGUGUUCGAUUUUUCCCUUGAAGGUCGCCUCCAUUCACAGGGUAGCAGCUCCAAAAAUCAGCUUCGAAACCUUCGAUUCCUCCAAAUUUUGGAGGCUUGCAAGUUGCAGCUCUCUCACAGCUUCAGUCGGGACUCGGCAGUGGGUAUGUCUCUUCAGUUCUUCUACUUCUUCUACUUCAUUGGUUAA